AAACGCGCCUCCUCGCCCUUCCCCGGCCUCCUUGGGUCCUGCCGUCCCCGGGCCCCCAGCCCCCCGUUCCCUCUCCCCCCCUCCACCUCUUCCCCCUCGGCCUCUGCGCCUCCCCUCCCCCGAUUCUCUGGCCUCCCAUUCAUUCCGUCCACUCCCUCCCAUUUCCUCCUUUCCACUCGGGCCCUCUCCCCAGAGCCUCCCCGCGCGGACCCCGCUGCAGUCUCGUGGUUCUCAGCACAUUUAUGGAAGUUUAGGGCCUGGACAGUGGCCCCGAGUCCGGCCUGAGAGCGCAGCCUGGGCUGCUGGCAGGGAAGAGGAAGAUGUCUGUGCUCAGGCGGAUGAUGCGGGUUUCCAAUCGCUCCCUCCUCGCCUUCAUCUUCUUCUUCUCCCUCUCUUCGUCCUGUCUGUACUUCAUCUAUGUGGCCCCGGGAAUCGCCAACACAUAUCUCUUUAUGGUACAAGCUCGAGGUAUAAUGUUGAGAGAAAAUGUGAAAACAAUAGGUCAUAUGAUCAGGCUGUACACAAAUAAAAACAGUACGCUCAACGGUACAGAUUAUCCCGAAGGCAAUAAUUCAAGUGAUUAUCUUGUUCAAACAACAACGUAUCUCCCGGAAAACUUCACAUACUCACCAUACCUCCCCUGUCCAGAAAAGCUGCCUUAUAUGCGAGGAUUCCUCAAUGUCAAUGUAAGCGAAGUCAGUUUUGAUGAAAUUCAUCAACUCUUCUCCAAGGAUUUAGAUAUUGAGCCAGGGGGUCAUUGGAGGCCAAAAGACUGUAAACCCAGAUGGAAGGUGGCAGUUCUCAUUCCUUUCCGUAAUCGCCAUGAACAUCUUCCAAUUUUUUUCUUACAUCUGAUUCCAAUGCUCCAGAAACAGCGGCUGGAAUUUGCCUUUUAUGUCAUUGAACAGACUGGCACACAACCUUUUAACCGUGCGAUGCUUUUCAACGUGGGCUUCAAAGAGGCCAUGAAAGACAGUGUCUGGGACUGUGUAAUCUUCCACGAUGUGGAUCAUCUACCUGAAAAUGACCGGAACUACUACGGAUGUGGAGAAAUGCCACGUCAUUUUGCUGCAAAGCUGGAUAAAUACAUGUAUAUUCUUCCAUAUAAAGAAUUUUUUGGUGGUGUAAGUGGGCUGACAGUGGAACAAUUUAGAAAGAUCAAUGGUUUUCCUAAUGCCUUCUGGGGAUGGGGAGGAGAAGAUGAUGACCUUUGGAACAGAGUUCACUAUGCUGGAUAUAAUGUAACCAGACCAGAGGGAGACUUAGGAAAAUACAAGUCAAUUCCUCAUCACCAUAGAGGUGAAGUCCAGUUUUUAGGACGGUAUAAAUUACUAAGGUAUUCCAAGGAGCGUCAGUACAUCGAUGGGUUGAACAAUUUAAUAUAUAGGCCAAAAAUACUGGUUGAUAGGUUGUAUACAAACGUAUCUGUAAACCUCAUGCCAGAGUUAGCUCCAAUCGAAGACUAUUAAAAGAAGUGGCUGUCGUGGCAAGGUAGACCACAAUGCUGGAUCAUAAACUUGGAGCGCACUCUUAGUGGAGGUCAGUGAUUGGCUGCGUCACAGUGCCCUUUUCUCUGAGAAGAGCCAGCAGUCCACAAUGUUUACAGAGUGGGACUAUAUACAGUCAUCCUUCUCUCACCCGUCCUCCCUGCUCUGAGACACACCCCUGUGGCGAGCACCGCAGAAACCGGAGGCCACUACUUAAGAUCAGAAGUUAAGAGAGCUCCCUACGAAGAGAAAAUUUUUAUACUAAAAUCUAUAAUUUAAUUCAAGAGAAUGCUUUUAUUUCCAUUUAAACAUUUUGUAUAUAUGUGAUAUAAAUUAAUGUGUGCAAAUUGUUGAAAAAUUAGAUGUGUUGCAGUUUUGCAUGUAAUCGGUUAUACCUUUAUUGGACUUUUAUAGACAUUUUUUAUUUGCAUGAAAAAAACUCACUAAAUUUAUGUCACUAAACAAAGGUUAACCCUUGUGUGAAAUGAAGGAACUGUCAAUAAUUGACAGCCAACUAAUACAGUAAACUGUUAUACUAGUUUUGAGCUUUAGACCUCAGCCUUUUGUGUGGAAGAAGUCACAGCUUUCUUAGGCUUUAAAGGGAAAGAAGAAAGGACUUAAGUAGCUCUUCUUCCUACUGGGAUUACCUAUGUUUUUCCUUGCUUGCAAUCUCAUCUGAUUUUGCUAGAAAUCACAACCAUAUUGUUUAUGCAUAUUGCAUGAGUAUUACCAAGAAAAAUCUUAAAAGUUAUGAUGUGACAUGAUAUAAAGGACCUCUUUAUGUUAAAUGUCUUUCAUGUACCUCUGGUGUGUCAGGGAUUUUGUGCCUCAAAAAAUGUUUCCAAGGUUGUGUGUUUAUACUCUGUAUUUUUUUUAAAUUCACAGUGAACAGCACUUUUAUUAUUUCCAGUUCAGAAGAGCCAAAAAAAAGUAUCUUCAUUUAAAAGGAAAUCAAGUCAGUUUUUUUAAAAGAAUGAUCUAUGGAAGAAAACCCAAUAGUACUUAUAAUAUACAAAUGAAUUAUACUAUUAGAUAAGAAUUAAAUAUUCUAUUUUUAUGAAGAUAAAUACUUAGUAGAUAAAAACAAAUUUUAAGUUUAGUUCUCAGACAUAGAAUUUCACUUUUGGAGGGGACCCUUGAAUGUUAGUUUCAUUCAAACUAUAUUUUGUUUUUUUCACUUUUAAGAUAUAUCUCUGGUGUUAAUUACUAAAAUUUUCUUUCUAAAAGUAUAAUUUAAUAGAAUUUUCUUAAAAUACAUGAUCAGUUAUUCAGUGCACUGAUACUAUAAUGUCUUCUAUAUGUAGUAUCUAAAAGUAUAAUUUAAUAGAAUUAUCUUAAAAUACAUGAUGAGUUAUUCGGUGCACUGAUGCCAUAAUGUCUUCUAUUAUGUAGUAUCUUAUAUGUUUGCAUGAGUGUCAGGGCUUUGUCCAGUCAUCUUCAUAUGACUGUUCUCUGAAAAAAGGUCUUACUACCUGAUAUCAAGUACAUAUCUUAAUUUUGGAUGAAUUUUUCCACAGUAAAGCCGAACAGUAUUCUUUUUUGAAAAUUAGCAAUUAUAAAGAUUCUUUAAAAUAUCUUGAUAUUUUCACAAAUUUCAAACAAAAAAUUAAAUAUCUAUAAAGUGAAUCUUCAACAACAAUGAUGAGCAAUCGAAAUCUAUAUAUGAGAGAUGUUUGGAUAAUAUUUGCCUCAAGGAUUGUUUACCUAAAACAGAACUAUGGUUAUUUAUCUCAGAUUGUAAGUUUUAUUUUGAAGUGUCAUUUUUAUGGCAAUAUUGAUAACACAAAUGACCAUGGCUAAAUCAUAAAAUAAUUGAAUCCUUAUACUUUGAGAAAAUGGAUAGCUUCUCUGUUAUAAUACCAAACAAAAUAUUUUCAUAUUUAUUUCUUAGAACUAUUUCCAAAGUAUUUAUAUUUCAGUUUUUUUGUGGUACUCGAUGAAAAAUCAAACCUUCUGAAAAUUACGAUAUUUGUACUUAAUUUGUGUAUUAGUUCAUUUUCUGUCUCUAUUACAUAGUUUUUAAAGUCAAUGAGAGACUGAGAAUGUUAACAUUUGUUGAUCAAUGUGGAGCUGUCCACAUUCAGUAUCUUUUCAUUUUUAUAUAUAUUUUACAGUUUCAAGAAAACUUAAUACUACUAGUAUCUGCCUUAUUUUCUUAAGUCUGAUGUUAAUUUUUGUUUCAAGAGUGAGAUAUAAACAUUUCGCUUUUUUUUCAGUUUUGAAUAUGGUUUGUCAUCCUGUGAAAACCACAUAGUUUGCUUUUUGUUUGUUUUGCUUUUUUAGUGUAGACCUAAAAUUAUUUUUGCCUAUAAACAGUGACCUUAAUAUAUUUCUGUAAAAGUGACAGAGCUGUGCCCGUUUAUCUUCAUUGUAUUAAUUAUUACAUAAAGAUUAACAAAUAUAUUGCAAAUGCAAAUUAUCUUCUUUAUAGGAUGUUUGGAGGAUUUAUGAAUGAGCAUAUAUUCAUUGCCUAUUCCAUAUCCAGUGCAAUGCUAGGUAUGUCUAUGGAAAGAGUAUUAUUAUUUCAUUUCUAAACAAAUGAAGUCAAGCAAAUUGAGAUCUUUCUGAAAUUAUGAAGACAUCCUCUGAUAACUUAUCUGUUGUAUUUCCUAGUCUCAAAGUCAAGAAACCCGUAUAUGUGGACCUAGGGCUAAUAGGAGGUCCCUAUGGCACUAACUGGGAAAAUUACAUGGUGCUUUUCAACUACAGAAAGAAGUAAUGACUAAUGGGCCUGUCUGUAGAGAAGAAAAGGAGAAGAGUACACAUUUGCUGGAGCUAUAUAUAAUUCACAAUGGAGAUAGUUAAUUCUUUGCCAAAACUAGAGUUUUAUGAGUAUUUUUUAAAUCUACAUUUAAGUUUUUGUUUUUGUUUUUGGGAAAAGGUAUUCAGUAAGAAAACUUUAUAAUAUUAAGUAGACACAGUUAUGUAUUAAAAAUUUCCUUAUCUACCCUUUUGCCAGCCAAGAUACUGAUACCUGUUUUAAAACAAAAUGGAAAAAUGUCCAAUACAAUAUUCUCUUUCUGGAGGCUUCCUACAAGUGAAAGCAGAUUUUGUCAUUUUAUUUGGCCUUUGCUUGUCUUUGAUAUAUUUAUUUACGUGUUUUUCAAAUAAAUACUAUUCUGGAUUUAUUGUCUUGGAUUUGCAAGUAUGCCAGUUGAGAGAACUAAAAUGGUCAUAGUAUUGUUUAUCAGAAAGAGGAAGUGUACUUAAGAUUAUUUUAUUUAUUUAGAUGAAAGGCUUCUACAUAAAUGCACUGAAAUAAAUGCUAGUAAUUUCUUGUAUCCCACUUCUUUUUUUGCUUCUCAUGGAAAUGUUUGUACUUUUUUAUCAUUGUCUUUUAUGAAAUAUACUGUUCUAAAGA